UGCCGCAUCCCUGCACCACUUAUAUGACGACCAACCAAAAUUUUUGAAGUUCGAGUUCGGCGGCUUUUGGGAACCAAGCUCCGAUUCCGAUUGCCGAGUUUGUAGGAACUGAGAAAACAUGGCGGUGCCGUUGCUGACGAAGAAGAUCGUUAAGAAGCGGGUAAAGCAGUUCAAGAGGCCCCAGAGCGACCGCAAGAUCUCUGUCAAAACAAACUGGCGUAGACCAAAGGGUAUUGAUUCUCGGGUCAGAAGAAAGUUCAAAGGAUGCACUUUGAUGCCAAACGUUGGGUAUGGCACAGACAAGAAGACCCGUCAUUACCUUCCUAAUGGCUUCAAGAAGUUUGUUGUGCACAAUGUCAAGGAGCUUGAACUGUUGAUGAUGCACAAUAGGACUUACUGUGCUGAGAUUGCACAUGAUGUGUCCACUAGAAAGAGGAAGGAGAUUGUGGAGAGAGCUGCCCAGCUCGAUGUAGUUGUCACCAACAAGCUUGCUAGGUUGCGCAGCCAGGAGGAUGAAUGAUCCUAAAUUCUCUUUUUGUUUUCUUAGUGUUAUCUUUUUAUUACCAUCUCAUGAAUUCGACGCUGCUAUAUUUCUAUUCUACCUGAUGUCUUUCAGUUGACUAUGAUUUUUCUAAUUUAAUUGUCAUUUUUGGUUUGCUUUU